CCUGUACAUAGUUAGGCUUUAUACUAAUGCUCAGAUAAAUCUCAUGGAGGGACUAACACUACAGAUGAAUUCAAUGAUGCCUACAUAGAAAUGAAGCAUCAGGUAAAGUUUCCAGGUUUAUUGUUUGAUUAGUUUUGAAGAAAUCGUACAUACUGACGGACAGAAGAGACAUUUUUGCAGCUCUAUGAGGCUUCCUUAAUGCUCAACCAGUUAUGUGAUGUGGUAUUGUACAGGUGGUAGCAUUCAGUACCAUUUUGAGUAUGCCAGAAUGUCCAAUAUCUGUAUUUCCUGAGUAACUGUAAGUGGCAUGGGGCCUCAUAAAUGAAUGAAUAUAAUUUAUUUAUGUUUAUAAAGAGACAUUUUUGCAGCUCUAUGAGGUUUCCUUAAUGCUCAACCAGUUAUGUGAUGUGGUAUUGUACAGGUGGUAGCAUUCAGUACCAUUUUGAGUACGCCAGAAUGUCCAAUAUCUGUAUUUCCUGAGUAACUGUAAGUGGCAUGGGGCCUCAUAAAUGAAUGAAUAUAAUUUGAGAGUUAAAGUUAGAUUUCAGCACUACCAAAGUAUUUUGGAUUCCACACAAAAAACUUAGGAUUCGUUCAGCCUUAUUUUGACGACUAACACUUCACUGACAUGUUUUGCUCGUCCUUUCUUCAUAUGUUUUAAAACACACACCUGAGUAUGUUGCCACAAAAAUAUUUUAACUGAACAUUUUGUGGCUUAUGGCAUCAUUUUAAAGAUGUUACAGUGGAAUUCUUUUCAGAGCAUUAAUAUUCAUAAAUUAUGUCAGGUUUAAAUUCUAAUAGAUUAUUUGGCUAUAGCUAGUUCAUUCAUGAUAAUUUGACAUCAUGGGAUGAACUCGUGGUAUUACUGUGGAUACGUAACAGUACAGCUUUAUAUUUGAACUAGGGCCUACCAUUUCACAAAAAUAUACUCGAAAAUUUUGAAGUUUGGUAACGAAGAACUGUUUGGUUGAAUGUUUGUCACCUAUUUUAAGUCAAUCAAACAGUCAAUUCAACAAAAUUACCACUUAAAAAGAAUUCUUGAGUUAUUGUUAAGAGACAUUAACCGCUUUCUCAUGCCGUGGUGCGUAACUAAUCACUCAGUUGUAACUGUUAGCACAACUGUAACCGUAUCCGAGUGAUUGGUUACAUUAAAAAAUUGCUCACGUAUCUUGACGAUAGUUGGAGAAUACAUACUUUGUUGUGUACAGUCUGUUACACUUAGCUCAGUGAGAUGUACAGUCUGUUCACAAUGCUGGCGUACACACUUCCUCUAGUCCUGUCAGAGAUGCCAGAGCCAGUCGACCUCACACACACCUACGACGAAGACACUCUUCAUUUCUCAGUUUACAGAUCAUUCAACUUGACCAAGGUCUAUAUGCAAGGAGUCAACACAUUCUUCAGUUCCAAUGACUUCCAGACUGCUGAGCACCUCGGUACCCACAUGGACGCUCCCUAUCACUUUAACCCUGACGGCGUACGAGUCGAUGAGAUACUUGUUAGUAGAUUUAUUGGACAAGCUGUUAUUGUGGACUUAAGGACCAAGGCUCAGGCUGAUCCGGAGUAUCUUGUGACCCCUGAGGACUUUAUCGGAUGGGAGAGACGUUACGGACCGAUACCGAAGGGUGCCAUUAUAAUCUUGGACUUUGGGUGGGCUGUCAAGUACACCAACCCUCAGGAGUUCUUCGGCACCGCAAACAUCAACGACUACACCACCUACCGCUUCCCUGGUCUCUCUGUAGCCGGGGCCCGCUGGCUGAUCAACACUGGUCGAGUGUAUGGCGUCGGCACUGACACAGCCUCCAUAGAUUGUGGCCGCAGCACGGACUUCCCAGCCCAUAAGGUUCUGUCUAAAACCACUAUAUAUAACCUGGAGAUGGUGGCACUUCCUAAAGAACCUCUGCCUCCCACCGGCUUCCAGAUCGCAGCGUUGCCCAUGAAGAUAAGGGAGGGGACAGGGGCACCAGUCCGAAUUCUUGCCAUUCCCAACCCAUUUCUCCAACACACAAACAUGCCAUUGUAGGCUAAACUAUUCCAAUAAACUUUUCCAUUUAAAUAUAA